CCAUGAGCCUUGGUUCUGAUGCAACCUUUGGUCAUGCAGGGAUGCCCUUACACCCUCCCACGAUGUCAUGAGUGGCAUGCUGCUGACAGGUUUCAUCACAGCAGCAGCCUCCGAAACGCUUGUCCCCAGCCUCAGGUUAGAGCUGCAGUCGCCAUCCCUGCACCACCUUGGGAUGAUGCUGGGGAUCCCUGCCUAAGUCCAAAGCUCUUGAACGGGUCUGUUGGAGCCACUGGCCCCCUGGAACCAUCAGCCAUGAAUCUGUGUUGGAAUGAAAUAAAAAAGAAGUCUCACAACCUCCGCGCUCGCCUGGAGGCCUUCUCAGACCACAGUGGAAAACUUCAGCUCCCGCUCCAAGAGAUUAUUGACUGGCUCAGCCAAAAGGAUGAGGAGUUGUCAGCUCAGCUGCCCUUGCAAGGGGAUGUGGCCCUGGUACAACAGGAGAAGGAGACACAUGCAGCCUUCAUGGAAGAAGUCAAGUCUAAGGGCCCCUAUAUCUACUCUGUGCUGGAAUCCGCCCAGGCUUUCCUGUCCCAGCACCCAUUUGAGGAAUUAGAGGAGUCUCAUUCUGAGAGCAAAGAUACCUCCCCCAGACAGCGAAUUCAAAACCUCAGUCGCUUUGUGUGGAAGCAGGCAACAGUGGCCAGUGAACUGUGGGAGAAACUGACAGCCCGCUGUGUGGAUCAGCAUCGCCACAUUGAGCAUACUCUGGAACAUCUGUUGGAGAUCCAAGGGGCAAUGGAGGAAUUAAGCAGUACUUUGACCCAAGCAGAGGGAGUCCGAGCCACGUGGGAGCCCAUAGGGGAUCUGUUUAUUGAUUCCCUCCCAGAGCAUAUCCAAGCCAUCAAGUUAUUCAAAGAAGAAUUCUCUCCUGUGAAAGAUGGGGUGAAGUUGGUGAAUGAUCUGGCCCACCAGCUUGCCAUCUCAGACGUACACUUGUCAAUGGAGAAUUCAAGGGCUCUGGAACAGAUAAAUAUCCGCUGGAAACAGCUCCAGGUGUCAGUUGCUGAGAGGCUUAAGCAGCUCCAGGAUGCCCACCGGGACUUUGGGCCUGGGUCACAGCACUUCCUCUCCACUUCUGUCCAAGUUCCCUGGGAAAGAGCAAUUUCUCCCAAUAAAGUUCCCUACUACAUCAACCACCAGGCUCAGACCACAUGCUGGGACCAUCCCAAGAUGACUGAGUUAUACCAAACCCUAGCCGAUCUGAACAACAUUAAGUUCUCAGCUUACCGCACUGCCAUGAAGCUUCGCAGAGUCCAGAAGGCCCUGCGCCUGGAUCUGGUAACUUUAACUACAGCUCUGGAGAUCUUCAAUGAGCACGACUUGCAGGCCAGUGAACAUGUAAUGGAUGUGGUAGAGGUCAUUCACUGCUUGACUGCCUUGUAUGAACGACUGGAGGAGGAAAGAGGCAUCCUGGUCAAUGUGCCACUGUGUGUAGACAUGAGCCUCAACUGGCUCCUCAAUGUCUUUGAUAGUGGUCGCAGCGGAAAGAUGCGAGCAUUGUCCUUUAAGACUGGCAUCGCAUGCCUGUGUGGCACCGAAGUGAAAGAAAAACUUCAGUAUCUCUUCAGCCAAGUGGCCAAUUCAGGCAGCCAGUGUGACCAACGCCAUCUCGGUGCCCUGCUUCAUGAAGCCAUUCAAGUGCCCCGUCAGCUGGGUGAAGUGGCAGCAUUUGGGGGCAGCAAUGUGGAGCCCAGUGUCCGUAGUUGCUUUCGCUUUAGCACUGGCAAGCCAGUUAUCGAAGCUUCCCAAUUCCUGGAAUGGGUCAACUUGGAGCCCCAGUCUAUGGUGUGGCUGGCUGUUCUGCAUCGGGUCACCAUCGCUGAGCAAGUGAAGCAUCAGACCAAGUGCUCUAUCUGUAGACAGUGUCCCAUCAAAGGGUUCAGGUACCGGAGUCUGAAACAGUUUAACGUGGAUAUCUGCCAGACCUGCUUCUUGACAGGCAGGGCCAGCAAAGGCAACAAGCUCCACUAUCCCAUCAUGGAGUAUUACACACCGACCACAUCCAGUGAGAAUAUGAGGGACUUUGCCACAACCUUAAAGAAUAAAUUCCGGUCCAAGCAAUAUUUCAGCAAACACCCUCAGCGAGGUUAUCUGCCUGUGCAGUCAGUACUGGAGAGCGACUGCAGUGAGACACCUGCUUCUUCCCCGAUGUUGCCACACGCUGACACACACUCUCGAAUUGAGCACUUUGCCAGCAGGCUUGCUGAGAUGGAAAGUCAAAAUUGUUCCUUUUUUAAUGACAGCCUGUCCCCGGAUGACAGCAUAGAUGAGGACCAGUACCUGUUGCGACACUCCAGCCCCAUCACAGACCGAGAGCCGGCCUUUGGACAGCAGGCUCCAUGCAGCAUGGCCACAGAAAGCAAGGGGGAACUAGAGAAGAUCCUGGCCCAUUUAGAAGAUGAGAACCGGAUUCUCCAGGGAGAGCUGAGGCGCCUGAAAUGGCAGCACGAAGAAGCAGCUGAGGCACCUACCCUGGCUGAGGGCUCCGCUGAAGUAACCCCAGACCACCGCAAUGAAGAGCUUCUGGCUGAAGCCAGGAUCCUGCGGCAGCACAAGAGCCGCCUGGAAACACGCAUGCAGAUCCUUGAAGACCACAACAAGCAGUUAGAGUCUCAGCUGCAACGCCUGAGGGAGCUGCUCCUGCAGCCUCCUACCGAAUCAGAUGGUAAUGGCUCUGCAGGCUCAUCCCUAGCUUCCUCUCCACGCCAGUCAGAAGGCAGUCAUCCCCGGGAGAAGGGUCAGACUACUCCAGACACUGAGGUUGCAGAUGAUGUUGGGUCAAAGAGUCAGGAUGUCAGCCUAUGCUUAGAAGACAUCAUGGAGAAACUCCGCCAUGCCUUUCCCAGUGUGCGAAGCUCUGAUGUGACUGCAAACACUCUGCUGGCCUCUUGAUGGAGUCAGAUCCCCAUCCUGUAGUUCAUAGUCCUUUCCUGGUUCUUGUCAAUGCCUUCCCUUAACCUUUGCCCAACCUUUCCAGUACCCACUGGCCCCACAUUCCUCAGCCAGAGAGCUAUUUGGGCCUGGGGCAGCAGCAGGGAUCUAGUGGUAUGUGAGAUGUAGUUGGGAAAGAGGGGAGGAGAGGUGUGUACUUCCUGUGACUUUAGAAAUGGACCCAUUAAUCCUUAAGAUUGAGCCUGUCCCUUAUGUUAUUUUGCUGUUGCAGCCCUGACAAAGGCACUUGUCACCCAGAUAAGAAGCAGAAAGUUACCUUACAGAGUUAAUCAGUGCCCACUGGUCCUGUUUGCUUCUCCUUGGAAUCAUAGAAGGGAAAACCUAAUGGCCCUAAGGCUUAUUGAUCGUUGCAUUUUUCAUCUACAUUAUUGAUCCCCAAAGGGUUAUUCAUGCUCUGACAAAUGGGUAUCCCUGAGACACUCCUCUGAAGUGCCCCCCUUGAGAAAUCUAGGCAAAUUCUGUCCUGUUACUUCAGCUCCAGAGCACAGUUAUCACCUUGAGGGUUCUAUCUACAUUUUUUCCCUCAAAUACCUUUCGUUCAUCUUGACUCAGUACCUACCAGAGCUUCUCUGAUGAAGGAACAAUUCACUGUAGACGUGCUUCCACCCUAUGUUUGGAAACAUUAAAGAAAUAUCUGUUUCUUUAAAUCCCCCCAUGCUCCUGUUUCCUGAUGGCCUUGGCAUCCCAAGAGACUCAUUGAGAUGCUCUGGAAACCCAUCUGAAGACACUCGUUGGUUUUCUGAGUCUGUCCUCACUGAUCCACUGGCAGGAGUGGCAGCUUCUUCAACAAAGAGGCCUUGCUCUCUCUUUUUUCUUGUGUGUGAGAAAGGAAAAGAAGCCCUCUAUCCUAGAGGAGUAUGGGCUUGAUGCUCUCCAUGAUAUAACCAUUUGAUAGCAUAGGUUGGACUGGAUGAAAAGGCUGAUUGCCCCCCAGAUGUUUACUGGAAAGUUUCAGCUGACCAGCCUGAAUAGUGUUCCCUGCUUAAAAGCUACUAGACUUGAAUCAGAAAACUGGCCACAUUCCACCCAAGGUGGAAUAGCAGUAAGGUCUUUCUGUGUGUAAAACUGUUGCUAACACUGAAAGGUGAACCCAGUCAUCAAAAUGAACUAACUUUUCCUAAGCUGUAUAUACUCUCACUCCUCUGUCCAGCAACUGUUCAAAAUAGAGUGUGGGUAUGGGAAGAGUGGAUUGGAGAACUUGGAGCAGAGGCAGAGCCCAUUUAGACUACUUUCUACCAAGG